AGCGCCGAGCGCCCCAAAAACUCACUCAGCAACCGAAAACGAUGAUGCAGCGAGCCGCUCGAUCUCUCGUCUCCAAGCUCCCAAAAUCCCCAAAACCCUCGAAAUUCCCCCAAAUUCCCUCAAAAAUCCCCCAGAACCCAUCAAGAUCUCGCCUUUCACCCUUUACAACCGAAAUCAGUCCCAGCAGAACCCACCAUCGCAGUCUGAGCACAAACAGCGAUCACAGCAGCGAGAUCGAUGAAAUCAAUAUGAAGUUCGCGGAGGCUCGGGAGGAGAUCGAGGCGGCGAUGGAAUCGAAGGAGACGGUGUACUUCGACGAGGAGGCCGAGUGCGCUCGCGAUGCAGUGAAGAUUGUGUUGGAUAAGUUCGAGGGCCUGAUGGCGAGGAUGGAGGAGAAGGAGAGGAUGGCGUUGCAGAGGUCGAUGGGGCUUAAGAUUGAACAGCUCAAAGCUGAGCUCAAGCAGCUGGAUGAGUAGAAUCUUGGAGGAAUUCUUUUGAGGUGGGUCUCUUUAUUAGCAUUAAGAUAUGAUCAGAGUUUAGAAUUUUGGAUUCAGAGGUCAUGAUUCAUGUUGCAAUAAUCAUAAAUUUGUUGAAUUUUGCUCCUGAAUAUGGUUUUAUUAUAAGAGUUCUAUUAGUAAA